AAAUAAAAAUUUUUAAAGUAUUUUAUAAGAACUUAAAGCAAUUAAGUAUCAAAUUUUACAUUUAUAUAAUUAUUAUAAGAUAUGGAUGAAACUAGAGACCUGCAAAAUCAAAAUUCUUUGCCCAGAGGUUGUAAUGGCGAUGUUUUUCUAAGUCGUUUCGAAGACAUAUUCAACGAUGCUCAGAUCUCUGAUAUCGAAAAAGCAGGAUCCUUCACAAGAAGACUACCAGACGAAGAAUACAUCAAGCUCAAAUCGAUAUGUUCACCUACCGAUUUCAUCAAUCCAUCGAUAUUGAUUGAAAAAUUUAGGUUAUUACACCCGAGGAAAUCUACAAGUUCGAAAUUGUUAUUAUUCAAUGCAGCUGUACAAGGUAAAAGUGAAAGUUACAUCAAUUGGUGAAAAGACUGAAGAAGAAACAAGCGUAAAACAUUUGGAAAGACAAAGAGGCAUGAAAGUUGAAGAAAACAAACAGGUGGUCAGAUACGACGAUAGACAUAAUCCACGAUCGAAUAACGAUAACAGACAACUAUGGACUACGAGAAACAACAACU